UGUAGAUCCAUUUUUGGUUUUGACGAUUACUUACUACUUUCCCAGGGUUCCCCUAAGCCCUUGAUUUACUUAUCGUCGUGCAUGAUGACUGCCGCAGCCUUCGGUGGAGAUCAGAGCUGGUCCAAUCCAGAGGAUGUGAAGCACAUUUUCAUGGAUAUGGUUCCAGCUUAUGUGCGACCAGAGAAGUUUUUCACUGUCGAGGAGGUGUCUAAUAUUGCUGACGACCAUCGAAAAUCGUUGUUCGACAAGUGGGAUAGUUUAGGAUCCAUCAUGGCUAUUCACGAGACCAGCAUCCGAAAACGUUGGAUCAAAAGGACACAAACGAAGCGGCGUUCGCUAUUGAAGGAGCUUGGGAUACCAAUACCGGACAGGCACGCACCAGAAGUUGAUUUAUUCGAGAAGCUCAGCAGGGGUGGGGCUCGUGGAGGCCAGCUCUCUGAUGCUCGAGAUGCAUUUCUUUCACCCUUCCUCAAUGCCGAAGACCUGACGUCAGGAAAUGGAGAAAACCUUCUUGGACUCCUUCAUUAUCGGUCACAUUUGUUGCCGUCUGAAUUCAGUCAAUUCGAUCUAGAAUGUCUUAAUUUUGGAAUUGUGAGCGGAGCGAUCAAGCGUGUAUAUGCUCCCGAUUGUACGAUGAUAGGAAUCGGCGGACGAGAAAGCUAUGGUCAAGUCUUGCGAAACGACUGCGCCCUCCACCCUGGAGGACCGGAUGGUUUCACGUUGGAAUGGACAUAUGGAGCUGGGAUGCAGAUAUCUGAUGGCCUAUGUGUUCUUGAAGCCCAAGUGAAAUUGACCUUGACCUCACGUCAAUACCGCCACCUCUGCCUCCCUGGCAACGUCGACGACAUGAUAGAUCUUCUUUCAGAAUUGUCUCUGCCUCAGGAGUGGUCUUCCUUUGCAAAAAAACAUAGUCUUAGGGCAUAUUCAUUGCCUCCCCGAUUCUUGUCGUCUGAUCUAGCAGUCAUCACGAGUGCUCAAUAUGAAAUCGUCAAGGAUCAUCUAAUUGACCUCCGGACAGACCCAAUGUACCUAGCCGAGCAACUCGCCCUCCACGUAGAUCAUCUAACUGGAUCCUCGCCCAAGGAAGCUCCUCUUAUAGUUACGUCUCUCCUUGGAGGACGCUUCUGGGACAUCACUCAUACCCUCGUGCAGGAAAUCAUUUCUGAGGAACAGAAGCUGAAGCUUCCGUUACCUCGUGAUCAGGACCUUCCCCUGACUUAUGGAAGCUACAGGGCGAAGGCUGAACAUCGUUAUCGGACAACACUGUGCGGCUCUCCGUCUCUGAGACGCUACUUCCAAGUGCACUGGAAGGUUUCCGGUUCUAGUCUUACUCAGCAUAAAAUUCGAGGAACUCUACCCAAGGGUGAUCGUGUCGUGCAUAUUCUUAAGAUCCUUUUGGAUACGAACCAGACUCACCUCUGGCAAGUAUCUCGUGUCUUUGACGAGCUUGACCGGGCCGUAGCCAAUAACCCUGAACAUGUAUCUCCCCUUCUCGCUGACGUGCUCUUUGAUUAUGGUUCAUGCACAGAUAUCCUUGAGACUAUCGAUCGCCACCGGCCACUAAUUGUCGAGGAACAAGAGGAAGACACCAUCGAGCGAUUAGGAUGGCGCUGGUUUAGACUGGAGGAAUUGCAGCGCUUUGAAGGGCAGGUUCUAUCCCUUCAUCGUGUAGCAUUCCCAAUAUCAAAAUUUGUACUUCCGAAAGGCCCAAAGACUGAGGAAUGGGCCGUGAAGUGUGAAAAAGUGGACGCGUCUUUUGCCGAGUUUUGGAAAACUGCAGAUGGGCUCAUCAGGUCGAAGUAUGGAAAUGUUCUGUUUGCAUUUGCCGAAGACAUAUGUGCUCAGAUCCGAAAAAAGAUAGCUAGGUCAGCUCCUAGUAUUUCUACGAAAAUGGACAGGGCCAUUCCUUUUGGGGGUGCAGAGCAAAGGUCAGCUUCGCCUACGCCCAUACCUACAGUGCCCAAGACGAAAGUGAAGACUAUUGGAAAGCCCCUGAUUAGACAUACAUUGAAGGUGUCCAAACGCGUUUUCUCGGCAUUCGCAAGUAUUUUCCGAACAGCUGACAACUCUGACGUACAUUCUCAGCAAACGUCGUUGGCAUGGAAAGAGGUGCUGCAUGCGUUUGCCGCUAUCAAUUUUCGAGGGACUCAGUUGCAUGGAUCUGUAUGGAGAUUUGAGCAUCCGGAUGGUCGCAAUAUCAAUUUUCACUCGCCGCAUCCGUCUCCAAAAUAUACCUUUUGGCAACUACGGCGGAUGGGGCGUCGCUUGACGCGAAGGUUAGGGUGGAGUGCAGAAACUUUUGUGCUUGCCUAGCUUUCCUGCACCUAUUCUGACUGUUAAUUCCGAAUAUUUAAGAGAUCUAUACUCCAGGGAAUCUAGGUUACCGUAUUAAGUGCCGUUUGUUUCACUGGAUACUCUUCCAAUCCAGAGAUAAUCAAGCCAGCACUAGGACUACAUACUCUGGACAUAUUCCUUCUGAAUUACGACAAAAUUUCUCACCCUGUCCGAUGAAUAAUGUAAUGACGAGUCAAGCACGAGG